AGGAUGGGACCAAGUUCAAAACAAUGUUUGUUAUGUAGGCCAAAUAGUAGUUAACUGAAAACAUAAUUUAACUGCUAUAUAAGAGUGAAGGGUUCCUGAGGAAACGGAUAGGAAUUGAAGUUGUUGAAAUGAAAGGGUGUUGGUUAGUUGGGGUGUUGAUUGUGGUGGGGUGUGGCUGCUUCUUGGGCAGCGUUGGGGUAGAAGGGUACCCUUCUCAGGAUCUUAUAGAGAGAUUACCAGGGCAACCUAAUGUUGGGUUCAAGCAAUAUGCAGGGUAUGUGGAUGUAGAUGUCAACCAUGGGAGAAGCCUCUUCUACUAUUUUGUGGAAGCUGAGAAGGACCAUCCAAACAAACCCCUCACUCUUUGGCUCAAUGGAGGCCCAGGAUGUUCCUCCAUUGGAGGAGGUGCCUUUACUGAAUUGGGUCCCUUUUAUCCCAGAGGUGAUGGACGUGGUCUUCGAAGAAAUUCAAUGUCUUGGAAUAGAGCAUCCAACCUCCUUUUCUUGGAGUCCCCAGCUGGAGUUGGUUGGUCAUACUCAAACACAACUUCAGAUUACAACUCUGGAGAUGCAUCCACAGCCAAUGAUACGCUUCUGUUCUUGCUGAAAUGGUACGAGAAGUUUCCUUCUUACAGAUCAAGGGAGCUGUUUCUUACUGGAGAAAGCUAUGCAGGACAUUAUAUACCACAGUUAGCCAAUGUUCUUUUGGACCACAAUGCUCAUUCAAAUGGUUUCAAAUUCAAUAUUAAAGGAGUUGCUAUUGGAAACCCACUUCUGAAACUUGAUCGUGAUGCACCAGCAACAUAUGAAUACUUCUGGUCGCAUGGAAUGAUCUCCGACGAACUUGGCCUUGCCAUUGCGAAUGAUUGCGAUUUUGAUGACUAUGUCUUCGCUGAUACACACAACGUCUCUAAAUCAUGCAACAAUGCAAUAAAUAAGGCAAAUGAGAUUGUUAGCGAUUACAUAAACUCCUAUGAUGUGAUUGUGGAUGUUUGCUAUCCCUCCAUAGUUGAACAAGAACUGAGAUUGAAAAAGAUGGCUACUAAAAUAAGCAUAGGUGUAGAUGUAUGCAUGACUUAUGAAAGAGCUUUUUAUUUCAACCUCCCUGAGGUUCAGAAGGCUCUGCAUGCAAACCGUACUAAUCUUCCCUACAACUGGUCCAUGUGCAGUGGUGUCUUAAAUUAUAGUGACACUGAUCCUAAUAUAGACAUGCUCCCAGUUCUCAAAAGGAUAGUGCAAAACCAUAUUCCAGUAUGGGUUUUCAGUGGAGACCAAGAUUCUGUUGUGCCAUUACUAGGUUCUCGAACACUCAUUCGUGAACUAGCCCACGAGCUAAAGUUCAAGAAAGUCCCAUAUGGAGCAUGGUUCCACCAAGGGCAGGUUGGAGGUUGGGUAACAGAGUAUGGAAAUUUGUUGACUUUUGCGACUGUAAGAGGAGCUGCUCACAUGGUACCCUUUGCACAGCCUUCAAGAGCACUCCAGCUGUUUAGUUCAUUUGUGCGUGGAAGGAGAUUGCCCAACACAACACACCCUUCAAUUUACGAUUAACUAUGAACAUUGAAUGAAUCUGCUGUCUGUUCAUUCUUAGAUUUGAAAAGUUUUAGCCUAGAAGAGUAAGUAGUGAGUGAAAGAGAAAGGUGUGUGUGUGUGUGUUUGUCUCUUAGGCCAUUAUUUAUCAUUUGUAUGGAAAAAAGAGGGAAGAAAACAAAAGUAAUAAAGAUUCCAUUCUUCUAGUCCA